CAUUUUUCUUCGCUGCGAGUCUGCAGAAACAGACGAUGAGAAGCUGAAAUGGUUGCGCCGGGGAUAACAGGCUGCACGCGUCCAACAAAGGUGAAGAAGCAGGCGGGGGCGCAGAAGAGGAAGAGGGAUGAUGUAGAUGUCGAGCAGCUGGAACAGGCGGUGGAGCAGUUGGACCCAAAAAAUGCCACCUACACCAACUUCACCGACCUCCCCCUCUCAGAGCCCACGAAACUCGGCCUCAAAGCCGCACAUUUCGCCGUCAUGACGGAUAUCCAGGCGCGCGCCAUUCCGCUGGCUCUGAAGGGACAUGAUAUCCUGGGCGCCGCGAAGACGGGGAGCGGGAAGACGCUGGCAUUUAUUGUACCCGUGCUGGAGAAUCUAUACAGGUUACAGCAUGUUGGGAUGGAUGCGGGACUCGGCGCGUUGAUCAUCUCCCCCACCCGUGAACUCGCGAUCCAGAUCUUCGAUGUACUGCGCAAGAUAGGAAAACAUGGACAUAUGUUUGCGGCGGGACUCAUCAUCGGCGGGAAGAGCCUCGAGGCCGAGAGGCAGGCCCUGUCGAGGAUGAACAUCCUCGUCGGAACACCAGGGCGUAUUCUGCAGCACCUGUCGCAAACUGUCGCGUUCAAUGUCGAUGACUUGAAGAUGCUGGUCCUUGACGAGGCAGAUCGAAUCCUAGACAUGGGUUUCCAGCGCGACGUCGACGCCAUCAUCGAGUACCUCCCCAAAGAACGCCAGACGCUCCUCUUCUCCGCCACGCAAUCCAAGAAACUGUCCGACCUCGCACGCCUUAGCUUACAGGAACCAGAAUACGUCUCCGUCCACGCCGAAGAUCGAACCGCUACACCCAAGACCCUCCAGCAAAACUACAUCAUCUGUUCCCUGGAAGAGAAACUGGAUACCCUAUGGAGUUUCAUCCAAGCCAGCAAAAAGUCCAAAAUCCUUUGCUUCUUCUCCUCGGCAAAACUCGUCCGCUUCGUCUAUGAAUCCUUCCGGCAUAUGCAACCCGGUAUCCCACUCCUCCAUAUCCAUGGCCGCCAGAAACAAGGUGCGCGUCUAGACACGACGGCGAAGUUCUCCGCGGCGAAAUAUUCCUGUCUCUUCGCUACCGACGUUGCGGCCCGUGGCUUGGAUUUCCCCGCCGUCGACUUUGUCAUCCAGGUGGAUUGUCCUGAGGACGCAGAGACGUAUAUCCAUCGCGUAGGCCGCACGGCGCGGUACAACCGUGAAGGGAGGGGUGUCUUGUUCCUCGCACCCAGUGAAGAGGAGGGCAUGUUAAAGCGACUGGAGGCCAAGAAAGUCCCCAUUGAGCUCAUCAAUGUGCGGCAGAAGAAGCGGCAGUCCAUCAAGGAUCAGCUGGUGCAUAUGCUGUUCAAGGAUCCGGCGCUGAAGUAUCUGGCUCAGAAGGCCUUCGUCACCUAUGUCAAAUCGGUCUAUCUGCAGAAGGAUAAGGAGAUCUUCAAGCUUACCGAGUAUGAUCUGGAAGCGUUUGCGGCGAGUCUGGGCCUGCCGGGUGCGCCGAAGAUCAAGUUCCUGAAAAAUGACGAUGCGAAGAAGAGAAAGGCAGAGUCAAGGCAGGAGAUGCAGAUUUCAUCCUCGGAAGGCGAGGAGGAGGAGGAUGAGCCAGCGAAGAAGAAGGUGAAGACGGUACGGACGAAAUACGACCGCAUGUUCGAACGCCAGAACCAGGACAUCCUCGCCGACCACUACAAGAAACUCGUCCGAGACGAUGAUGCCGUGGAUGGCGCCACUGCAGCCAAGGAUACCGAGGGUGCUGAGCAACCUCAUGCUAAUGACAACGAAGACGACGAUUUCCUGGCCGUCAAGAGGAGAAUACCAGCCGAAGCGCAAGACGCCGAGUUUGCUCCUCCCAUCUCGGAAGCGGAUGCUGCGGCGCUCGAAGGCCGCAAAGUCGUGCAUCUACAAGGCGCCUCGCAGCCCCUCAUCAUUGACAGCCAUCGCCGCGAGAAGCUGCUCAAGUCGAAGAAGAAGCUUCUCAAGCUCAAGGACAAGGGGAAACGCAUCAUCUACGACGAUGACGGGAACCCGCAUGAGAUCUACGAGCUUGAGAAUGAGGAGGACUUCAAGGCUAAGGGCUUGCCGGAGGAGCAGCGCAGGAGAUAUCUCGAGGCUGCGAGGGAGGAGGUGCAGGUUGCGGAUGUGGAGGAUAAGGCUGCGGCGAAGGCGAAGAGGAGGGAGAAGAUGAGGAAGAGGAAGGAGCGGGAGAGGGCGGAGAUGGAGGGGUUGGAAGGGGGUGUGGAGAUUGGGGAUACGGGGGUGGAUGCCCUGGCGAAUUUUAGGGCGGAUGCGGAGAGUAGUGCGGGUGAGGAGGAGAGGGGGAGGGAGGAAGAGGUGGAGGAGGAAGAGGAAGAGGAGCAGUCGAAGAAGAAGGGGAAGAAGCAGAAGAAGUGGUUCGAACAGGACUCUGACGACGAGGAGGCGUCGAGUAGGAAUAAGAAGAAGGGGAUGAAAAACAAUGGCCCUAUUGUGCAGGAGUUGGAGGCUCUGGAGGAUCUCGAGGAGAUGGCUGCAGGGUUGCUGGGCUGAUGGACUCAUCCUGCCCCACUGCUGGAAGGGCGAGGUCUGCUUGUUAAGCAUUGAGGCUCACAUCAAGGAAGAGCUCGACAGACUUGUGAAUAGCGUCACAUCAUCACGAGUAGAGCGAAACAUUUCCCAGGGUUUUUCUUCAUGAUCAAUGUAGGCUCGGUAUUCCCUAGGUCUGGUGCUAGAAACCGACGCUCGCAUCACCGGGCGGUGACAUAUAUACAUACAUCCAUGGAUCAUGAGUUGCGACUUAGCGGUGGUGACGCCUCGAGAGCUCACCAAAACACAUCACCACAUCACUGGCACGGGGGAC